UCUCGCCCUGGCACCGACCUUGUUGAGACGGUUGUGUAGAGCAAAGGAUGAUCAUCUACGCAGUGGUUGCCCGCGGGGCGACCAUCCUCGCUGACCACGCCACGGCGUCCGGCAACUUUACCACCAUUGCCCCUAUGAUUCUGGAGAAGGUGAACCCGUCGCACAACGAGAAGCGCUCGUAUGCCUACAACGAGUAUGUCUUCCACUACAUGGUCGAGGACGGCCUCAUCUUCAUGGCCAUGACCGACAAGGAUACCAAGAAGCGGAUUCCGUUUGCGUUUCUGGCAGACGUCUCGCAGAACUUCCACGCUGAGAUCCCCAACCCGCGGCAGUGGCAGACGGCGCAGGCGUACGAGCUUAAUGAUCGGUUUGGACGGCGGCUUGCGGAGCGGACCGACUUCUUCUCGAACAACCCCAGCGCGGACAAGAUCGGACACUUGCAGGCCCAGAUCGAGGACGUCAAGGGGGUGAUGGUGGAGAACAUCGAAAAGGUGCUCGAGCGCGGCGAGCGAAUCGAGGUCCUUGUCGAUCGGACUGAUCAGCUCAACUCGCAGGCACAAGUCUUCCAGAAGCGGUCGACACAGCUCAAGCGCGCCAUGUGGUGGCAGAACAUGAAGAUGCAGCUCCUUCUCGGCUUUGUCUGCAUCCUCAUCAUCUUCAUUAUCAUCUGGGCCGCCUGCGGCAUCUCCUUCCAGCGGUGCAAGAAGAAGUAGACAUCACGCCCCCCC